CUCGGUGUCAAGAACAGAAAAAGCAACCGAAGAAGUGAAGACAUUCUCAUUUCUCCAGAGAAAUUGGGGGCGUGGCAAACUCUAUUUAAUCUCAUUCUCUCACAAAUGCUUCCGUGUAAAUUUCCCAAUUCCUUUUCACUCUACAUCGAUUCAAUUUCGUAGCAAACAGGUUCCGAUAAUGGAGAAGAGCAUUUACACAAUCCUCACUGUUGGUCGCUGGGAGUCACUGAACCACAUGGACUAUAAGCUGGCUUCUCUCAGACCAAUUCAUGGAGUUCUAGCCUUGAAAUUCCUCAAGUGGGUCAUCAAGCAGCCUGGUUUGGAACCCAAUCACCGCACUCAUAUACUAGGUAUUACCACUCAUAUACUUGUUCGAGCUAGGUUGUACGACUAUGCUAAAUCAAUUCUGAAACAUCUAACACAGAAAAAUCAUGGGUCGAACUUUCUUUUUGGUGUUCUUAUGGAUACAUACCCUCUUUGCAGUUCAAACCCAGCAGUUUUUGACCUUUUAAUUAGAGUUUAUUUGCGGCAGGGAAUGAUUGGGGAGGCUGUAAGUACUUUUUCUUCCAUGCUCAUUCGUGGGUUUAAGCCAUCUGUUUAUACUUGUAACAUGAUCAUGGCUUCCAUGGUGAAGGACUGUAGAGCUCACUUGGUUUGGUCUUUUUUUAAGGAAAUGCGUACCAGUGGAGUUUGUCCAAAUGUUUCUAGUUUUAAUAUACUUAUGAAUGUUCUAUGUGCGCAAGGGAAGCUUAAGAAAGCUGUUAAUGUCUUGGGAAUGAUGGAGAAGAAUGGUUAUGUUCCUACCGUAGUUAGUUAUAAUACCUUGCUUAGUUGGUGCUGUAAGAUGCGUAGAUUUAAAUCUGCACUUAAGCUGAUUCAUCAUAUGGGAUGCAAGGGAAUUCAAGCAGAUGUUUGUACUUACAACAUGCUUAUUGAUAGUUUGUGCAGAAACAACAGAAGUGCACAAGGCUAUUUAGUUUUGAAGAAAAUGAGGAAUAAGAUGAUAACUCCAAAUGAAGUCUCUUACAAUACUUUGAUUAAUGGCUUUGUAAAGGAGGGAAAGAUUGGGGUUGCUACUCGGGUUUUCAAUGAGAUGACAGAGCUCAAUCUUUCACCAAACCUCAUAACUUACAAUAUUUUAAUUAAUGGACACUGCAUCAUUGACAAUUUUAAAGAAGCUUUGAGGCUCUUGGAUGUGAUGGAAGCAAAUGAUGUGAGGCCUGAUGAAGUUACUAUGGGAGCUUUUUUAAAUGGACUGUACAAGCGAGCUAAGUUUGACGUAGCCAGAAAUAUUUUUGAGAGAUUCAGAAUCAAUAAAACAUCUCUUAAUUAUAUUACAUACACAGUGAUGAUUGAUGGGUUAUGCCGAAAUGGGUUUCUUGACGAAGCCUUUCAAUUACUAAGUAAGAUGUGUAAGGAUCGUGGUAAUCCUGAUAUUAUAACAUUUUCAGUGCUUAUAAAUGGAUUCUGCAAAGCUAGGAACAUUAAGAAGGCAAAGGAGAUUAUGUCUAAAAUGUAUAGAGCAGGGCUUGUCCCAAACAAUGUUAUUUUCUCUACAUUAAUAUAUAACUCUUGCAAGGCUGGAAAUGUUUCUGAAGCAAUGAAGUUUUAUUCUGCUAUGAAUUUGAGUGGACAAAGUGCUGACAAUUUCUCAUGUAAUUCAUUGGUUGCUUCUCUUUGUGAAAAUGGAAAACUAGUUGAAGCAGAGGAAUUUUUGCAUCACAUGAGUAGGAUUGGUCUUGUUCCUAAUUCUGUUACAUUUGAUUGUCUCAUAAAUGGAUAUGCAAAUGUAGGAGAUGGAUUAAAGGCGUUUUCAAUGUUUGAUGAAAUGCUUAGUUCAGGUCAUCACCCUAGUCCUUUCACCUAUGGCAGUCUAUUGAAAGCACUAUGCAGGGGAGGGAAUUUUCGGGAAGCAAAACAACUAAUGAAGAAACUCCAUUACAUUCCGUUGGCUGUAGAUACUAUAUCAUACAACACAUUAAUUGUUGGGAUAAGUAAGUCAGGAAAUUUGCUCGAAGCAAUUCUCCUAUUAGAUGAGAUGGUUCAGAAUAAUGUUCUACCGGAUAGUUAUACAUACACUAGUCUUCUGGCUGGUUUGAUUAGGGAAGGAAAAUUGGUUGGUGCCAUCAUGUUCUUGGGAAGACUCAUGCAAAAAGGGGUUCUAACAUUGGAUUCAAUUGUGUACACCUGUUUGAUUGAUGGCCUUUUCAAGGCUGGUCAUUCAAAGGCUGCACUAUAUCUUUUUAAGGAAAUGGAGGGGAAAGGCCUCUUAUUAGAUUCAAUUGCGCUUAAUUCAAUUAUAGAUGGAUAUUCAAGGAAGGGAAAAAUGUUUAAUGCAAAUUUUCUCGUUUCAACUAUGAGAAACAAAAAUGUAAACCCUAACUUGGCUACAUUUAAUAUAUUAUUACGCGGGUAUGCUAGAGGACAGAAUAUAAUGACUUGCUUUAUGUUAUAUAAACAAAUGAGGAGAAGUGGCUUUUUACCUAACAGAUUAACUUACCAUUAUCUUAUUCUUGGACUUUGCAACCAUGGUAUGUUGGAACUUGGAAUUAAGAUGUUGAAAAUGUUAAUUGCAGAAGGUUCUACCAUUGAUGACUUGACAUUUAAUAUGCUCAUUAGGAAGUGUUGUGAAAUGAAUGAGCUGGAUAAAUUCAUUGAUUUAAUUAAUAACAUGAAAGUCUUCAGAGUUUCUCUUGAUGAGGGCACGCAAAAGGCCAUUAUUGAUGGACUUAUUAGAAGGAUGAUUUCCCAAGAUUCUUAUGUUAUUAUUCUUGAAAUGUUGGAGAAGGGUUUUGUCCUUACGCUUAGACAAUAUUGCACUAUUAUGAAAGGUAUGUGUCGAGUGGGUAAUAUACAGGGGGUAUUUGAGCUAAAAGAUAAGAUGGUGGCGCUUGGGGUUAGCUCGGAUGAUGUUGCAGAGUGUGCUAUGGUUAGAGGGCUUGCACAUUGUGGGAAAAUUGAUGAGGCAAUGUGGAUUCUCCAAAGCAUGCUUAGGAUGCACAAAAUCCCAACUACUAGCACGUUUACAACUCUGAUGCACGGCUUCUGCAAAAAAGGCAAUUUUAAAGAGGCACAAAAUUUGAAGAGCCUUAUGGAGCAUUGUAAUGUGAAGCUCGAUGUAAUUGCUUACAAUGUUCUCAUUUCUGAGUAUUGUGCUAAUGGUGAUGUUAUAGCUGCACUUGAUCUUUAUGAAGAGAUGAAACAGAAAGGUCUCUGGCCAAACAUGACCACCUACAGAGUUCUAGUUGCUGCUAUUAGUAGUAUUGAACCGCAUGUUUCUAUUGGUGAAGUACUUCUCAAGGACUUGAAUGAAAGAGGAUUAGUGCCUGGGUAUUUGGAUGAGAAGUCCCAAAAAUCAUGCAGGAACUAUGUAGUUGCCAUGGAAAAACUGAAUUCCUUGAGGUUCAAUCAAGAAAAUAAAGCAAAAAACAAGCAGGAAUACCAUUGAUUUGAUUGUGAACACAAGGGAAAAUAUGUUUCUUGAUGGGAGGGACUAGUAUAUCUUGCCAAGUUGUUAAUCUCAGGCAUAUUGCGUUCAUGAGCAUUCUUGGUUAACAUGGAAUUUGUACAAUCCUCCUGCUUUUAAUGGGAAUAUGCAUAAGAGGAAAGGGAUUAAUGAUCCAAAUAUGACAGAGCAUCAGCUGACAUUAGCUGCCAAAGUCCCUUUCAAUUUUACCCUCAAUAUCAUUCUCACCAAUGAGCACAGAAUUGUCAACAAAGAAGCACAGUGGUGUAUUUCAACAUUAUGGGGAUGGACGUAGGUUGGGAAGUGAGAUGAUGAUGGUUAGUCUGCUUGUGCUUUUUGCUAAAAGCUUAGCUUAAAAGUUUAACCAGCUUUGUGGCUGAGAAUUUGAUUGCUUUCUGGAAUGAUAUUUUUGGAGAAACCCCUGCUGCAGUUGGUAAAAUGGUAUGAGAAACUUUUGCAGUUCGACUCUUGUUUCCUAUUUGUAUAAGGGAGCGCAAAGGAGAUGGUUUGGGAUAGAGAGGAGUGGUCUUCAUGACAAUUGGAAUGAUGCAGAUGGAUAAUAUUGGCCUUAAGCUAACUGCUGUGUGGAUGAUAUGCUGUGCUGAGCUUGUUACAGGAAAAGUUAUUUUUAACAAGGACCUGGAAAUUGGAUCAAUUAUUAGGGGAUCUCCAUCUCCUGCUGAAGAUCCAAAGAUGAUCUGUCGAGGUCAAUUGAGGCUAUUGGGGUUGCAAAAUGCCUUGCCAUGAAGGAAGCAGCCCUGGAACUCGGAAAGAGCAAGAAAAGAAAAUUUGAGAGCAUUAUGAUGAACCGGAGGGGAAGAAGAAAUUAAAAGGAGAGAAAUGAAAGGAGGGUGACAUGGGCCCUUAAGGAGCAAGAGCUUGGAGUCUCUUGGUCAUACUGGUUUAGAGGUCUUAAGUCCGAACCUUCUGGUGAACUUAAUAUAAAAACCCUUGAGGUUUCCCAAGUUCGGGUACUCCUUGGUAUAGAGGAGCAAAGAUCUAACUUCUAAUUAUAAAAGAAAGAAAUAAGGUGAUAUGGCAACGAAGAAGCGAGAGAAUGAAUGAAAAAUAAUGUAUGCGUCUUGAAGAAGUUGGGAGACGUGGUGGGGAGUGAUGAUUCUGAUAAAAGAGAACAUGGAAGUGAAAACAGAGGACUCACAAAGUGAAUAUUGCCCAGAGGCAGAACAGAUUCCUUAGGCUUUUGAUCUGCCAUUCUCUCGAUUAUGGCCACAAUUCGCAUCAAGUUGUUGCAGCAGGCUCGGGUGGCUCCAUCCGCUGUUGAUCUGGUCUCUGAUGAGUGAUGACAACCGCUCUGUGGCAGCUGACUCAUGGUCAUCAGAGUGAGUAUGGUAGCACCCUCGAGGACGACCACCGUAAUGCCGAUGCUGCUGUGGCUCCUUCCAGCGGCAAUGCGCGUGCUGCAUCUGAUUAUAUGUCUAGCUCAGUUUCUUCUUUCGAAUUAUCUGAAAAAGUUGAAACUCGGUUCUUUUAAGACAUUGGAAGUUUGAAGAAAUCUCUGGAUUAAUUUUUCUCUGGGGUUUUAUUUAAAGCAUUCAACGACCUUGUUGUUCACGUUGAUUUCUGGAAUAAACUAAUAUGGGUUGGUUGGACUUGAUGCU